ACACCGCUGCAUCUCGCCGUCUAUCACCGGCAAACGGCGUGCGUGAGGGCUCUGCUGGAGAGCGACAAGGUAAUAGACUUGAAGGACGGGCAAGGCAAGACAGCGCUGCACAUUGCAGCGGGAGGAGACUAUUGGGAGGGGGUGGAGGCACUCAUGGAGGGAGGUGCAUGUCUGGACAUCCAGGACGGGCAGGGGAGACUUGUGCUGGACUACGCACGACAGAAGAACGCACAGACAGCUAUUACAAUGAUAUCG